AUGUCCUUGCAGAACCAGGAUGGAAUUGUGACAACGGCCGCGCAACUGCUCGUGAGUGGAGCAAGAAAAAGACCACAUCUGAUUUACGACGAAAUCUUAGCUCCGGACUGUUCCACACCCCUCUCGUCCGCGGACGUUCUGGAGGACUUUACGAGACUAAGAACCGGUGGAAAUGACAACAAUGGGAGCCCUCUACCUACAGCAGACAAGGCGUUAGACGAUACUCAGAUUACGGCCCUGUCCGGUGCCGUGGCAGGCUUUCUGGCGGGAAUCACGGUUUGCCCAUUAGACGUGGCAAAGACAAGAUUGCAGGCGCAAGGUCUAAGUUCGAGACUGCCAAACUAUUACAACGGGAUUUUGGGUACGCUCAACACAAUUGUGCGUGAUGAAGGCGUGCGGGGUCUAUACAAGGGUUUAGUCCCCAUAAUAAUGGGUUAUUUCCCCACCUGGAUGAUAUACUUUUCCGUAUAUGAAAGCAGCAAAAAAAUUUACCCGCAAGUGUUUCCUUCUUUCGAUUUCCUAUCGCACUCAGCAUCGGCUUUGACCGCUGGCGCCAUUUCUACGAUACUCACGAACCCUGUUUGGGUCGUCAAAACUAGACUAAUGCUUCAGACUCAUGUAAACGAAAACUCCACUCGAUACAAGGGUACUUUCGACGCUUUCCAUAAGAUCUAUACUACAGAGGGGAUAAAGACAUUCUAUUCUGGGCUACUUCCUUCCCUCUUCGGGCUUUUCCAUGUCGCCAUUCAUUUCCCCAUCUAUGAAAAGCUCAAAAUCUGGCUGCAUUGCUAUCCUAGCAUAGCUGCUUCUGACGAUUACAACCUAAAUCUCGCCCGGCUCAUCGCGGCUUCUAGCGCGUCGAAAAUGGUUGCUAGUGCAUUGACUUAUCCUCACGAGAUACUUCGCACGCGUAUGCAAAUACGAGCUCCCCCCGAGAGCCUUGCCGCUACUGAGAUGAAGGCCUCUAGCCACAGCCUGAUACGUCUUGUACGGCAAACUUAUAGAACAGAGGGCCUCAGAGGCUUCUAUUCAGGGUUUACCGCUAAUCUUGUAAGAACUGUGCCGGCGUCUGCAAUAACUUUAGUAUCCUUCGAGUACUUCAGGAAGUACUUGAAUAAGCUUAAUGACAGCUUUACAAUAUGA